UGUUAAUUUAAUUACACCCCCAACAAUCCUCCCUUCAAGUUAAGGAUCACAAACGUUGUGCCUACCAUAAUCCAAUAUUUGAUAUGCCUACCUUCUUGGAUCGCUAAACAUCUCAAACACAAGGAACCAAACAACAUCUCCAUUUGAUAAGCCAAGCAUCUUUUUUACACAUGGAACCACAACAGAUAUCCAGUUGUGAGGUCGCAUAUUGAGGGUUCAUCUUCCAUAUACUUGUAGUCCACCGCCUUGGAUCUAAAACAUAACAUCCUUUAGUUUUGAUACCACUUGGUGAUACCGCGGGCACUCCAUAUUAGUACGAUAUUGUUCGCUUUGAAGCAAAUCCUUUGGAAUUUGUUAGUGGGCACCUUCCCAUAAUUAUGUACUAAUAGAGAUGGGUGGACACCUAUAUAUAAAGGAACUUUCUUUUCCCCCUUGGUACUUGGAUUGUACAUCAACAAUCCUCCCUUCAAGUCAAAAUCCACGACCGUAAUUUUUCUAUGUGGCACUUAGAUUGCAUCCUAACGAUAGGGAUAGUGAAUAUGUGAAUUAACGGAAGGAAAGCUAUAUUGGUUAGAAUCCACCUGAUACCAGAUUGUGAACUCAUGCUCUCAGAGCUGGAAACAGACUACGAUUGCUUGUGGUCAAAUUGCUAGGUCAGGGUCAUGAUUUAUCUGAGCUAAGAACUGUGUAUGAGAAGAUCAAACAUAUUGGGCAAAAAACGAAGUGCACCUACAUAGAGUUCGUUUGUCAACUAAUGUCUUAACAUUGAUUGUGGUGGAAGUGCCAUUUAGUUCUACUGUUACCAAAUCCAGAAAGCACACAAUUAAAAAAGCAUAAUUGGGUUCAAAGAGAGAAAUCGUUGUCUAGACUAAAAUUUCUCUGAGGUUUACCAACUCCUAAAUAAUUCAUUCAUACAAUUAAUUACUCGAGUACAUUCUAGUUUACUAUGCUUAUCUCACUUAUUACAGUUCUACAAGCAAUUUCCUAUCAAUGUAUGGUAGAUGAGAUGGAACCGAGAUUUGGCUAAAUAAACACCCUUUAUUUUUAAUUUCUUUGACACAGUAGGAUUUACAUACAUUUUUUCUAAGAAAAAGUAAUAAUAUGAUACAUUUAUCAGUUAUUAUGUAUGAUUAUAAAUAAGGGCAAUGUCUAUUUUUUAUUCAAAAAUUUUCCAGAUUUUUUUAUAUCAUCCAAACCUAUCGAAAUACUAAGAAUUAGCCAAAUGUUAACUUUCAGUUAGCAAUUUUGUUAGUAAUAUUGACUUGGCAACAUGAUACCAACUUGGAAGAGACACAUGAAGGUUAACAUUGCAAAAUUUUAGUAUUUUAACUCAGAAAAGAGUUACAAAAUUAUUAACUCAAAAAACAGUUACAAAAUUAUUAACGAUAACGUAAAAUGGCUAAUAUUUUGAUGUAUUAUGAGAGAUUUGACUAAUUAAUAACAUUUUAAUAGGUUUAGAUAAUAUAAAAGAAUCUGAAAAAGAUUUUGAUAAAAAAUAGACAUUAAGGGCUCUAAAUGAAUAAAUAAAUGAAUAAAUAAAAAAGGUGAGGACUAAGUCGGACAUCUCCAAAACAUGGUGAUUGAAGAGCAAGUUGACAUAAACAUUAGGUACUUGUAUAGAGUUUAGUUUUAGAACAGAAAACCCUCACAAAAGCCCUCUGCUGCUUUCUUUACACUUUCACUCAGUCCUCAACUCAGCUCAACCCCGGCUAUACUCUACCACCAACGGCCAAAAAUAUGCCCGCCGCCGCGCCGCCGCGGACCUACGAGGACUUCGUGAAAGUUCACGGCGUCCUCAUAGCGGCCUCCGGUCUCCCUCGAUCACUGCACCGGAGGCUAUUCGACAAACUGAGUUCGGAGACCUUCGACGGCGGCGCUUACUUCCAAGUGGAGCCCUGUGAGGAAGGCCGGCAGCGGCGGCUCGUCCUCACAGCCGGAGCCUUGCCCAGAGAAUCCGACGUCUUCCUAGUCGACCACGCCUGGACUUUCCGUCUUCCGGAUGCUUAUAAUCAGCUUCUAGAAGUGCCAGGGCUGGCUCAGAGAAUGGCUGCUCUGAUGUGCGUUGAUAUUGAUUUGAAUCCAUCGGAUGCCGAGGAGGCAGAAGGGGUUGGAGAAGAGAAUUUCAAGUUGAAUGUUGCAGAUGUGGUCGAGAAUGAAAUUCGCGAAGCGAAAGAGAAAGGGAACGACACUGUUAGGUGGUUGGAGCUUGAGGAGAUGGAUAUUGAUGAUGAUAUGCUGCUUUCUCUCGAACUGACUAGUAAAUUUCCGGAUUUACUGGCACUCAGCCUGUGCGGAAACAAGCUCAAGAACGUGGGAGUAGUGGCAGAAGAACUUACUAAGUUUAAAAGCCUAAGGGCCCUCUGGCUUAACAAUAAUCCUGUUGAGAAGUGUGAUGUCCAAAUGGAACAGCAAAUUCUUAAAGGAUGCCCUGGACUGGAAAUCUACAACUCACGUUUCACUCCCAAUUAUGGUGAAUGGGCCUUGGGAUUCUGUGGUGGAGUAUAUGGGAAAGAUAAUCCUGACUUUGGUCAUCAGGGGGAAAGUCCAUUGAAGAAUAUAACAUCUCUUGACCUUUCAGAUAGAUGUAUCCGUUCUCUGAAGAACAAGCCAUUUUCUCCGGUCGAGAUGCCUCUUCUUUCACAUUUGAAUAUUCGUGGGAAUCCAUUGGAGGAUUCUGUUAGUGAACUAUUCACACUCUUGAAGAGAUUUCCCUCUUUGCAGUCACUUGAGGUGGAUAUACCCGGCCCACUUGGAGACAAUGCAGUAGAAAUUGCUGAAUCUCUUCCAAGUAUUUACCUACUGAAUGGUGUCAAGGCAUCACAGAUAUUUGAAACUGGAAAGCUUGUGGUUGAUUCAAUGCUUCAGCCACGUUUUCCGGAAUGGACAGCAGAAGAAUCUGUGGUUGAUCGUGUUGUAAAUGCCAUGUGGUUAUAUGUUAUGACCUAUAGGCUUGCAGAUGAGGAAAAGUUAGAUGAAUCUUCUGUGUGGUAUGUAAUGGAUGAGCUGGGCUCAGCUUUGCGACACAGUGAUGAGCCUAACUUCAGGGUAGCCCCUUUCCUUUAUAUGCCAGACGGGACACUGGAGUCAGCCGUGAGCUACUCCAUACUAUGGCCAAUCCGUAAUGUUGAUAGUGGAGAUGAGUGUACUCGUGAUUUCUUAUUUGGGAUUGGAGAGGACAAGCAACGUUCUGCAAGGCUAACGGCAUAUUUCCAUACACCACAGAAUUACUUUCUUCAAGAGUACAAGAAAUUCUGUCAGAAUCUGCAAUCAAAGAGAUUACCUUCUUCUCUAGGGAAGUCGUCUUUUGUCCGGAGCUUGUGUCGUAGUGAUGGAGAACCUUUACAUGUCUACACUGAUAUACCUCAAGUAGAGGAGUUUCUGACCCGUCCGGAAUUUGUAAUCACAUUUGAAAUGAAGAAUGCUGAUAUUAUAUGGACAAGUACACAAGUAGAUGAGGAGGUGAAGAAAGCAACUGGAAUCACAGAGCGCCAAGUAAUAAAUCAAUUCCCCUUCGAGGCGUGUCUCGUCAUGAAACAUCAUCUGGCCGAUACUGUUCAGAAGGCACAUGGAUCUCCUGAAUGGUUGCAGCCCACGUAUAAUCUAGAAACCCAGUUGUCCCCACUUAUAGGUGACUACUUUAGCCGUGAAAAAGAUGGGGCGAACAACCUGUGGAUCUUGAAACCAUGGAACAUGGCACGGACCAUUGAUACAACUGUGACUGAUAAUCUGUCUGCCAUUAUCCGUAUGAUGGAGACCGGUCCUAAAAUAUGCCAGAAAUACAUCGAGCACCCAGCCCUGUUUCAGGGGAAGAAAUUCGAUCUUCGUUAUGUUGUCCUGGUUCGCAGUAUAAACCCUCUGGAACUGUUUCUCGCAGAUGUUUUCUGGGUUAGGCUAGCAAAUAACCCGUAUACACUAGAGAAACGAAGCUUGUUCGUCUAUGAGACUCAUUUUACUGUCAUGAACUACCGAGGGACGAUAAACCACAAGAACACGCCUGAGUUCGUGAAUGAAUUCGAACAGGAACAUAAUGUUCAGUGGUUGGAUAUCCAUGAGAGAGUAAGGAUGAUGAUAAAAUCUGUCUUUGAGGCGGCUGCCUCAGUCCAACCUGAGAUGCACAGUCCAACAUCCAGGGCAAUUUACGGCGUAGAUGUAAUGCUCGAUACUAAUUUUCAGCCCAAGUUAUUGGAGGUCACUUACUGUCCUGAUUGUACAAGAGCUUGCAAGUAUGAUACAGAGAAUCUAUUUGGAACGAAAAAUGCAGUCAAAGGACGUGACUUCUACAAUUAUGUCUUUGGUUGUCUAUUUUUGGAUGAGGAGAACAAUGUUUCCCGAUUGUAAAGCCACAUUUUAAUGUUUCAAGCUUCAUUACAAUAUUUGUAACUUGUAAGUUGUAACCCUAUCGAGAGAGGCUUCCAGCUAGUUGAGAGUUAUAAAGACAACAAACAGCU